AUGCUUUUAUUUUAUGUUUCCAUUGUAAUACUAGCAUUUUUUCAAAAAUAUAUUAUCGCAUAUAGAAAGAAACCUCAAUUUAUUAAUAACAUAAUUAUAUCAAAACUUAAUAAAGAUUAUUAUAUUAAAGAUGAUAUAGUCAAUUAUGCCAGAUUUAAAUAUGUUUAUAACAUAAAAAAUCAUCCUAUACACAAUGUCACAGACCAAAUACUACAGUUUUUAAAAACAAAGAACAAUUUUUAUGCAGUUUAUAACAAAUGCCCCCUAUAUAAUAGUAACACAUGCUUUAAUGAUAUAUUGAUUAAAAAUACAAAUGAAACAACAUCCUUAAAAAACAACUUUUACUUUUCUGAUUCGUAUUUAUACAUUCCUCAAGCUACAUCAUUAUUUCCACACAUUCAUCAGUUAAUAAAUAAUUACCAAAAAUACUCAACAUUAAAUGAAGAUAAAAACAAUGAUCAUGGUGAAAUUAUAAACUUGAAAAAACUACAUGGGGGCAAAUAUCAGAACAAAAUAAAUAAUGGAAAUAAUUGUAUUAAUGAUGAAACAGGAAAAGGUGGGAUGAGGAAAAGAGAAAAAAUAACUGAUCAAUAUAAUAAGUUAAUUUGUGAUAAUAGUUUUAAUAAUAUUGCAACAUAUAUUUGUAAAAAUAAUGAAUGUAACAAAACGCAAAGUAUUAAACCAAAUGCUUUGGGAAACUCGUUAUUUUAUCCUAAUACAAAUAAUUUUAACAGUUUUGAAAAUAACUAUGCAAUUAUUUCAAACGUAUUUAGAAAAGAUAACAUAGACAAAUUACACUUUUCCUUUUUUAAUCAAAUGGAUAUUUAUAUAAAAAUAAAAAAUGAGGCAAUUAGUAAGGAAAAGGAAAUGAUAUAUUUUUUAUGUGAAUUGUUAUCAUAUAUUUUUGGUAAAAACAGUACAUGGAGGAUUAAAGUAGAUUCUUUUGAUUUUACAGAUACGUCAUUGCAGGCAGAAAUUUUUUAUAAUAAUAAAUGGGUAGAAAUAUUGGGAUGUGGAAUUUUAAAGGAAAAAAUACUUUUAAAAAAAAAUAAAAAAUAUGAUAUGCAUGAUUAUUUAGCUGUGGGAUUAGGGUUAGAUCGAAUUGCCAUGAUUAAAUAUGGCAUAAAUAGAAUUAGAGAUCUAUAUUUAUACACAUCAAAUACCCAUCAAAAUUAUAUAAGUAACCCAACUGAAAAAAAACAAAUAAAUAUGCAUGAUGAUGUCCGAAAAAAAAACAAUUUAAUAAACAACAUGAACAGUUGUGAUAAUUGCUACAUUAGCCAUAGUGGAAAAGGAAUUCAUAUUAAAAAUGUCGAAAAAAAUGUUAUAGAUAAAUUAAAAAAUAUUUCAAACACGAAUGAGAAAACGUGUGCAUUGUUUAAAGAUAGCGAAAAUAAUAUUUUAUUGAAUUGCCCUCAAAGGGAAGGUUUUGAAUUAAAAAAUAAAUUACAAAUUCUUUUCAAAACAAAUAAAAUGAUAGAUAAAAAAAAACAAAAUGACGAAUUUUUAUAUUUUAUAAAUUUAUAUAAUAUAAAAGAUGAAGAAUAUGAUCUGUCAUUUUAUGCAAAUUGUGAAUGGAAUGAUCAACUAUUUACAAAAACUGUUUUGGAUCUUAAAAAUAUACAAAAUUUCAAUUUUUUAAAAAAGGUUAUUCUUCUUGAUGUAUUUUUUAAUGAAAUAUACAACAGAACAAGUUACACAUACAAAUUUAUUUAUUCCCCAGCUUCCGAUGUAAAGGACCAAAAAAUUUUUAAAGAUUAUGUAAAGAAACUACACAAUCAAAUAAAGGAAAAAAUUGCAUCUAUGUACGACAUAAGUAUUAGAUAA